ACCUAUUAUUAAUUAUUAGUUAAACUAUGCAUUCCCAAAUUAUAAGAAUCAUUUCCCAAACGUUCCCAAAUCAUUCCCAAACGAUUUUAUAUCUUAGUUUUUUAUUUUUCAUAAUCCUGCCAGCCAAGUAUAUGGAGCCCUGAACAUGCCACCUGAUGCCACCACCACUACUUAAGUCUUAGCCUUCUCUCUCUUCGACCAAUCAAGGUCUCCUUAGCAACUGGCUGACGCGCGUUCAUUACAUUGCCCUAUUGGUCUAUUUCCCCUUUGCGAAGUCCAAGCAACGCUUUUCAAAGCAAAACGACCCACCACCACUUUCCAACUUUCCUCGUGUGUGAGUCGUGUGCGCGGGAUCAUUUACCACAUUUCACUGUAUCGUGUCAGUUCUAGCCAGUUUAUAGUUUACAUAACAUUCCGUUUGUUAAGACUUAUUUCGUAUUGUUUUUUUUUUAUUUUGUUUGUUUGGUUAAUUAUUGAUAUUUACUGUGGUUUAAUUAUAUUAUUUUGAAUUUGAAAUCUUAUUCGUUUUUUUUUUUUCGGUUUAUAUAUAUUUGUGUGUUAAAUGUCACUUCAGGGGUAGCUUUAUACUUAGGGUGACAUGUUGAUUUUAAUUUCGUUUCUACAAUAACAAAAACAAAAGUGUAUUGAAAGUAUAAUAAAGAAAAAGUUAAAGUGUGACAAACAUUAGAACUGAAUGCAUGACAUGAUGAAAAUUGUUAUACAAUGUUAUGAAUUCAGUACUUCUAAAUAAUAUAUCAAUAACAUUUCAAAAAUAAACAAAAUGUUUGAUCCUACAGACGUUGAAAUAACUCAAUCCACAAAUUUUAAAAUAAUGGAAACUCCUCACAGUGUAACAAAUUCGAGUCGUAUAUCUGGUGAUGGUGCAUUUGAUAGUAUUGACAGUGGAUAUUUGUCGGGAACGCCAUACUCAUUUGUCUACACACCAAAUACAACAAAUAGUAGAGAAAAAAUAAAUUAUAGUUCGUCACCUAAAAGAUGUUAUUGGUUAAGACAAUCAGAACGACAUCGAUCAAAAAAUUUAAAUUCUUUGAUCAAUGCCUCGCUGUCAACUACCUAUCAUCGUCGCGAUGAAACUUCGGAAGAAAAGUCAAGCAAAAUGCCUAUGGAUCGACAUGAAUUUCGAAUGGAACUGAGAAACCAUCGAAAUCGUGCCAGGAAAAAUCAACGUAGUGCAGUUGUUGUUACACCAGCCUCAAGUUUAAAUUGUCACAAUCUUAAUUCAUCACUUACAUCUUCAGCAACUCCUUCAGCAUCAUUUAAUGCUUAUAAGCCAAUAGACGAAAAUGUCGAAGAAAAACUAGUCAACAUGCCUCAAAGUACUCCAUACACCACAACUCCAUCAAAAAAAAUUAAUUUUAUAUUACCAACAAUUGAAAUAACCUCAUCGCCUACAACCAGUAAAACUAGUCCUUUUGAUAAGAACAAAAAUUUUAAUUUAUCAUGGAAUAAAAAAUUAAGCAAACUUAAAAUUAAUGAUCAUAUAAAAGUUGAUAUAAAACCAAAACGUUUAGAUUUUGAUCGUACAAAUUUUACAAAACAUCGUCGAAGAUCAAACUAUGUUAAUUUAAUUGGAAAAAGUAAAGCUGAUCUUUUUAGUUUACUUGGUGAACAGACAAAUCAUUGCUGGAUUGUUUCGAAAAUACUAGGAUAUUUGAGUCCAAAAGAUCUUUGUUCAAUAAGUAUGGUUUCAACAAUUUGGAGAAGAAUUUGUUUUGCUGAUAGUUUUGCAAAUAAACGAAGAAUACAGUAUGUACAUUAUCGACAAAAUACAAAAGAAAAUCUCAAGUUCAUCAAAAAAUAUAAAACUGAGAUUAAUAAUAGUAUAAGUGAAAGUCCAAAGAGUCGUAGAAGAGGAUAUUUGAUUCCUGUUCAUAAUUUACUAUCACCAAAAGGAAGAAGAACACCAAGUAGUCCACCAGUUUCACCGAGUAAAAUAAAAUUUCAUUCAUUUCUUAAGGCGGGACGUAGCCUUGCACCAUGGGAGCGACUGUUCUCUUGUCCAAAAUGUUCAUUUGCAUCACACGUUGACAAUGACAAAAAUGUAGGAGUAUGCACAAGAGAAGGCUGUGGUAUCAAAUUCUGCACAUUUUGUUCGUCAAACCCACAUUCUGGACCCUGUAAAGCACUACAACUUGCAACACCAACGAAACGAAGAACACCGCCUCUCAUCGUAGGAUCUAAGCAGAGCAAAAGAAACCUUCGCCGUUUAUAAAAAUUAAAGAAUGCAAAAACGAAUUAUAAAAAAAUAUUUCGCAUGUUAUUAGAGCUUUAAUAAUCAUUAAAUAACUCUACAGUCCAUCUUGUGUUUGUCAUUAGGUUUUUUUUAUAGCACACGUACAUGACAAAAUAAUUCAAAACUCAAACCGAAAUCAAUCAAGUUCAAAAAAAAUUGUUUUUGUUAAGUUCGAAUCUGAAAUUUUUAACGAAUGUUGUGCAUUCAAUUCAUCCGUAUACUGUGCCUUUUAUUAUCGAAAAAAAUUAUGCUGGGUUCAGACGCGUUUUUAUUGUAUCCUCGUGUAGAAUUUUGGCAGUCUGCAAUUACGUUGAUCCCCUACAAACACGAAAAAAAAAUCGUGAAAACAAGUUUCAUCCUUGCUGCGAGCAGUAACUGUCUAGCAUACCAAGUUGAAUACUACUGAUUUCUGUCCACUUGUAUCAAUUUUAAAAUUUUGUAUUAUUUGUUCAAAACAAUAAUUUUUUUAUAAAUUAGAAUUCUUCAUUUCAAGUAAAUGGAAAUUCGAAAAAUACAAAAAGUUUAUAUUAAGCAAAAAAAAACCUAGUCUCAUAAGAAGAAAGUAUUAAUUAAAGAAAAAAAUUGUUUUAAGAAAAUUAUUGUAAGUUUUAAGAAUAUUAGGACUAUUUUGGAUUGCCAUAUUACUUUUCAUGUUUGUAAUUUAAACACUUUAUUUUUAAAAUGCAUCUCAACUAGAAAGUAGUAAACUUUUGUUUUUAUUUCUACAUUAUAAAUAUAUCCUGAAACCAUGAUUCCUUCAUAUAUUACUAUAUUUAUUAAACGAUCUUUUACAUGUACGUUGAUUAUCAUUUUAUAAGAUUCAAUAUGUUGAAAAAAAAACUAAAUUUACGCAAUAUUGAAACUUUGGUCUUCAAGGUCAAAGACUGCUUCAAUACUUGACCAAAUAUGAGAAUAUUUUUAAAAUUUUACAGUCAAUUCCUGAAAGAUCUUUCUAUUUUAUAUACCUGUCUGGAAAUUAUCUGGAAGCUCGUUAUUUUUUUAUUGAUUAUCAAAGUUGACUACUUUCAACAUGGUCUCUGAUAGAGAAUUAGGACUUUAAGAUAUUAUCUCAGUUUUUUUUUGGCAUGGCUGAAAUACAAGCCAUAUGCUUUAAUAUUGGUCAGAAUCGAAAUGACCAAAUUCGAAAAAAAAAAACAAAAUUUUAAUUAUAUUUUUAGAAUGGACGGUAAAUAUUUUUUGAAUAAGUUCUAAUAUUAUUCAUUUUCAUUGCAUGAAGCAUCAGUAUUUUUUUUUUUUUUAAAUCGUUUUUUAUAUUACUCAAAAUCCAUAAAAAACUUGGCAGCAAUGAAAUAUUUUUCAGCUAGCCAUACUGAAUGCGUGACAAAGAAAGUGGAUGUUGAAGAGAGUGAGUAUGAUAUGUGUCUGUUGUCAGCAGUGUCAAGAAAAAUGUUCUAUUUGAAUUAACGCGCAAUCCAUGACUUAUGUUACGUUACCAUGGAGGUCUACAUGUACGUUACCUACUUUUUAAGCAAAAACAUUUCUUCUUGUAGUGUUUUAUAUUGCAUAAAAAUAAUUUUGUCGAUCUUAUGAUUGAUAUUUAACUAAUAAAUUGUACCUUUUUUCUUUAUACUGUUAGUUGUUAGGCAUGGUCUCAUUUUAACUGCACCCAGAAAAAAAUCGGCAGAUCUAAUUUGAUAAUUUCAGAUGAAAUUAGGUCUAAAUUAUUAUUUUAAUAAAAGUGAUUAUGAAAAGUA